AUGUUGGACAGUAAGCUGCACAAGAUAGCAGCCUCCAUGGACUCGGGAGUAAAAGUCCCUUGCAAUUUCCGACUGUUGGAAGAACUCAAAGAAGGCCAGAAAGGAGUAAAAGAUGGCACGGUUAGCUGGGGUCUGGAAGAUGAUGAAGACAUGACACUUACAAGAUGGACAGGGAUGAUAAUUGGGCCUCCAAGGGUGGACCCAAGAGCCAUAUCAGUGCUAGCAAAAUGGCAGAAUUCAUGUCGCAUCAAAGUUGUCCUGCAAGAGCUUCGGCGCCUAAUGAUGUCUAAAGAAAAUAUGAAACACUCUCAGCCACUGGAAGGACAGUGUUACAGCAAUUAA